CUCCGUUCUGCGAAACAAUGGCAAUUGCAGUAGCUGGAGGCACCGGUGGUGUCGGCAAGACCAUCGUCAGCAAGUUAAGUGGGAAAGUCAUCAUUUUAACUCGUAGCAAACCAGAGCCUCCAUCGGACACCAACAGUCCCGAGGACAGAAAAAAGGUGCAAGUGGAAUAUAAUGACAUCUCGUCAUUGAGCAAAACCCUGGAAGAUCAUGACGUGCACACUGUCAUCUCCGCCAUUUCCAUAUAUGACGGUGAAACCAGCCAGUCGCAGCUGAAUCUAAUCCAAGCUGCCGACAAAUCCAACGUCACGACGCGAUUUAUCCCGAGCGAGUACUCUUUCAUUCAGACCCAUGACCUCCUCCCCAUCGACCCGAGCAUCCAACAUUUCAUAGACGCCGUCCAACUGCUACAGAAGACUAAUCUGCAGUACACUCGGGUAAUCCCCGGCUUCUUCAUGGACUACUGGGGAAUGAAUCCCGAGAAAGUCAUCCAGACCAAUCUUCAGCCCUCAGCCUUCGGCACAGACAUCGCCAAUUGCGAGGCUGCUAUCCCCGGCGACGGGAACGAUAGGAUCUGCAUGACUUACAGUGAAGACAUGGCAACUUUCGUAGCACGACUUCUUGACGUGAAGGACUGGCCUGAAUUCAGCGUCGUCGUCGGUGAUGAGUACACGUAUAAUGAAAUUAUUCAAUUAGGACAGGAGCUCCAAGGAAAGCAUUUCAAGGUGGUGUAUGACAGCCACGAGAGGGUCAAGGAAGGGAAAGUCACCGUUCCCAAGAUGCCGCCAGGAUGUCCGUACUCGGAAGACGAAGUCUACGAGAUGACCGUGUUGGUCAGCCGUCUGACGAUCGCUGGGGUGUUUGAUCUACCCAAGAUCGGCCGGUUGAAUGAUCGAUUCCCGGAUAUUUCCACGAAGAAACUGAGAGACUUCAUGCGCGACGCCUGGAAGGAAUAAGAAUGCAGGUGUAUGAAUCAUAUCACCGAACCCAAUUUACAGAAGGCUACUUUCAAGGCCAUGUAUCACGAAUUUCCUUCAUAUCCCGAUGGCUUGAGGUUCUGAUCAUAUGCAGUUCUUAUAUACAAAAU